CGCUUGCAGCCAGGCGGAGUUGCGGAGCUUCUUCCAACAUUUUGGCGAACUUGUUCAGCUCGCCACCGCGCAUACUUUGAAGCGAGGAAUGUUUUCAUCUUUGGCCUUCUUUGGAGAGGCAUCGAGGCGCCGGAAAUCUGUCACGCCGCGUUGGCUUCGCCUGCUUUUCAGGGCUAAUUGAGCACUUUGUCUCUGACACUUUGUCAGGGUGCGCUCCCCAGGACGACAGGCGGACUUUUUUUUUUUUUUUUUUUAAUAACUUUUUUUUUUCCCCUACACCACAUUGGAUUGUUUUUUUCUUCAUGACUCAUUUUUGUUGUGGGGAUUCUCAUCAUAUGUCAUGGGCUUUCUAAAAGAACACAGACAUGUGCGCGCGUGUUUAGCGAAUGUCUUUUGACUUUUUUUCCCCCUGAAAUUAGUUGAGCGCCUGACCGAGGACAGGACUUGGGAAUCAAUGCGGUGUCAGCUGGAAGGACGCGGGGUCCGGAUCUCACCUCAACGCUGAUACGUCCUGGGAGUGAUGCACUGGCUUCCCCUGGUUGCCAUGGUGAUCGCCUCGGCCCUGCCCUUCCCUCACAAGCCCAUGUCCAGGAUCGCCUCCGCCGCUAGCGUGGACGACGAGCGGCGUCGCCUCACCGUGGACUACAACUCCCAGGGAAAUGCCUCGCAAACGGACUACAACGCCGACGCCCUGGGGAACCGCACCCAGACCUCGGCGGAAAGGAGUGCCGUUCAUAGGGGAGAGAACCGCAGUCGACCAGACCACACCAGGCUGGAAGGCGGUUUCCUGGACUCCGCAAAUGGACCCACGCAAGUCUCUGAGGUGGAAACUCAGAUCAUCCAAAGUCCUGCAUCCGCCGGGCCAAGGACUCCAAGAGGAUCCGCGACGACCGUUACCGCGGAGCAGCUCAGGAACGUGUCGAGGAGGGGGGCCACACCAAGGGGUGCGGCACCCACGCCUGCGAGCGGCGCAGUCAACGCCACCCGGGAGGUGGGGUUGGGCAUCCUGGAGGGCCUCCUAGAAGGGGACGAGAUGUUUCUCGACGCCCACCCGCGGGUCCUGUUCUCUUCGUCGCCGUCGCCCCCUGAGCACCCGCCCCUCCUGCUCAUGCUGGAGGGCGGGCUCAUGGGGGAGGACGCGGUGGAACUAGACGACGCCUACGCGGAGGGUCACGGCGAUCGGGGCCUCGGGUGGAGCAACACGUCAGGAUUUGCGUCCGAUGUGGGCCGCCCCCUCAAGAGGGACAAGCGCUCGCAUUUGAUGGACCGCCGGCGGGGCGAGAAGUCAGUUUGUGAGGCCGAGAGCGUCUGGGUGACAGACAAGAAGACGGCCGUGGACUCGCGGGGCCAGGAGGUCACCGUCUUGCAGGACAUUCAGACCCAGACGGGACCGCUCAAGCAGUACUUUUACGAGACUCGCUGCCGCCAGGCCGAGCUACAGAAGAGCCAAGGGCCGGCCGGCAGGGGGGCGCCGCAGUCGCAGCCCACCGGGGUGGCGGGCGCCGGCUGCCUUGGCGUAGAUAAGAAGCAGUGGGUGAGUGAGUGCAAGGCCAAAAAGUCGUACGUGCGCGCCCUCACCAAGGACGCCAACAACCGGAUGGGGUGGAGGUGGAUCCGCAUCGAUUCGUCCUGCGUUUGCGUGCUGCUCUCCAGAGCCAAUCAGGUCCUGGCUCGAGAGGCGCUGGCCCGACGGGGGCUGGGAUAACCGUACCACACAACUCAAAGACCUCACAACCGAAACAUAGUAUAGAAAGACAAUUUUCUACGAUUCAUCUUUCAUAUCCUAAGUUAUUAGUACGUAAGCAUGUGUAUGACUUUGAUAUUAAUAUAUUCCUUCACCAGUCUAAGCGUACGUACAGUGCUUAACAAACGCGCAAUUAGAAUAGCCGUCAUUUGUCAGUCAGAAAUGUAAGCAUAUUUUUCACGUUCCAGAAUAGAAGGAUAUUGCAAUCUUUUGGAAAAUUUAGCAGAAAAAGGGUCAAAAUGUUGUCAUCAUUUUGCGCAGAAUAAGCAAGAGCAAAAAAUAUUUCUGUUGAAUUCAAUCUCUUUAAAGUCAUUGUUGGAAUUUAACAGACUAAACCUAAAUUAGGGUAAAACUGAACUUUUUAUAAAACUGAAACCUUUUUUUUUUUUUACACAUAUACUAUAAAUGUUUUUCUACUAGGAUGAGAUGAUGUAAGAUGGCCAGGAGCAAGGUUGCAAUUCUAAAAGCUAUAUUAGAAGAAAAAAAAAAGUCAAACUUCUAUGACAAUCAAGUCAUGUUACAUCGCUUUUUGUCCAGGAGUUGAAGAGAUAAAUGAUUUCACAUGAUCAAGAAAUAAAAUGCACUUGAUUUCAGGCAGCUCGGCUUGAACCUCCAUUUGUUUGCAUCCAUUUGUUAAGCACUGUACAUAUGUCUGCCGUGUGUUUGUAUGUAAGGAUGGAGCUUAUAGAGGGGCGGCAGUAUGCUGGCUUUUCCACGGAGGAAGCAGCGCUCCCUACCGAGGCUUUGUAUGAAUGUUGUACCAGAUCUUUUCAAUAAACGGUCGCACUUCAUCAACGUCAUCAA